AUGGACUUACAGAAACAAGAGGCCAUCAGCUACUUCAUGACUACUUUGGGUUGGCUUAGUGCCAUUGUGAGCUGUGUGCUGCCCAUUUGGAGGGUGAUACUUACAGAUGAUGAGACAAACCCAGACGCCAGCAUUUGGGAGGGUCUGUGGCACAUGUGCCAAGUUCAGGAAAACCACCAGAUACAGUGUACUUGGUAUGGUACCCAGAUACCAGUAACACAGGACCUAAAGGUGUCUCGAGUCUUUAUGGUCCUCUGCACCAUUGGAACCUGGCUGGGACUGCUGCUGUGCAUGGUUGGGGAUCGUUAUGACUCUUUUUGGAGAAUCUAUAUUUGUCGCAUGAAUCUUUUGAAUGGUUCCAAUUUCGAAGUUUUGAAGUUAGCCGGUGGCAUGUUCCUUAGUGCUGGCCUUCUGAUGCUGAUACCCCUGUCCUGGGUAACACACAACAUCAUGCAUGGCUUCUUUAACCCAUUGUUGGGUGACUUGAAGAAGGCAGAGAUGGGUGUUUCACUCUACCUGGCCUGGACCAGCUUCGUGCUGCUAUUGGUAGGAGGCUUCCUGCUCUGUGUCGACAUCCACUUAUUCAGUGACCCCCCCGAAGACAAAUCUUCGGGAGCACACACCACUACCUCAGAUGUCUGA